AUGGCGGGGGAAGCCUAUUACAGUCAUUGGGCGGUCAUAUUCAUCGUCUUUACCUUAUUUGUGGUUGUAACAAAGCUUUUCCUGUUCCUAAUAAAUAACAAAAACAAGAAAAUCAAGAACGUCGGUAAAACUGGAAAGUUACCGCCGGGAGGAAGAGGAUGGUUGUUCAUCGGCGAUAGCGUCGAGUGGUUCACCGCCGUCGCCAGUUCUCAUCCUCCUCGUUUCGUUGAACAACAAGUUAAGAGAUACGGGAAGAUAUUCUCUUGCAAGUUAUUUGGGAAACGAGCAAUAGUAUCGGCCGACCCAGAGUUCAACCGACUCGUAAUGUUAAACGAGGGUCGGCUUUUCCAAUCGAGUUACCCUAAAUCCUUUCGGGACUUGGUGGGAAAGAACGGAAUCAUCACGGUUCAAGGAGAUAAACAAAGGAAACUCCAUGCCAUAGCUUCUAAUGUCAUGAGGCUAGACAAGGUCCAAUCUUUAUUCUUGGAAGAUAUACAAAGAGUUGUGGUUAAAACCGUAGAUGGAUUUCGCGACGGUCAAGUUAUUCUCCUUCAAGACGUAUGUAGAAAGGUAGCUAUUAAUUUGAUGGUAAAUCAACUAUUGGGUGUUUCCGACGAAGAUGAAGUUGACGAGAUGGCUCGACUCUUCUCUAACUUUGUCGAUGGAUGUCUUUCUCUUCCCGUCAAUUUACCCGGAUUCUCUUAUCAUACGGGGAUGAAGGCAAGGGAAGCCAUCAUCAAGAAGAUAAACAAGACAAUAGAAAUGCACAGGAAUGAAGAACAUCAUGACAUUAAUGGUUGUAACAACAAUGGUGUGUUAAGAAGAUUGUUGGAUGAAGAAGACAAAAUAAGUGACAAUGCCAUAGCUGAUUUCAUCAUAAAUCUCCUCUUUGCUGGAAACGAGACCACUGCCAAGACCAUGCUCUUCGCGGUUUACUACCUUACUCACUCCCCAACCGCGUUGCAACAUUUUCUCGACGAACACAAGAAAUUAAGGAAUAAGAAACGCGACCUUGGCAUCGAAGAUCCUAUGCUUACAUGGCAAGACUACAAGGAAAUGACAUUCACUCAAUGUGUUAUAGAUGAAACACUACGGCUAGGGGGUAUCGCGAUUUGGCUGAUGAGAGAAGCGAAAGAAGACAUUGAGUAUCAAGGUUACUUAAUUCCGAAAGGAUGUUUUGUAGUCCCUUUUCUUUCUGCGGUCCAUUUAGAUCCAAGUUUAUAUGAUUCUCCUCUUUGUUUCAAUCCAUGGAGAUGGAUGGAUCCUCAAAAUCAGGAGAAGAGAAAUUGGAGGAAAAGUCCAUUUUUCACUCCUUUUGGAGGCGGGGCUAGAUUUUGUCCCGGGGCGGAAUUGGCUCGCCUUCAAAUCGCUAUCUUCCUUCACUACUUCGUCACAACAUAUCGAUGGAAGCAAACACGGGAAGAUCGAAUCUCAUUCUUUCCAUCGGCAAGACUUGCGAAUGGAUUCCAAAUUCAAUUGGCCAAAAGAAUGAUAACAUAGAAGAAG